GAAAGACAAAGAGCUCCAUUCGAGCGCUGCUGCCAUCUUGUGGGCAGUGAGUUUGCUAUAACAUUGACACUACGACCACAGUGGCGUCCGAAUUGACGAGUUGGCACAGAGGAACACAGCAUGGAAGAAACACCCAGGCUGUACGUAGGCAAUUUGCCCUACGUUGCUCAAAAAAAGGACAUCGAAACACUGUUCCAGCAGCAUAAUAUUACAGUCAAAAACAUCGACAUCUCAGUCGAUCCCUUCACCGGACGAAAUCCAAGUUACUGCUUCGUAGACUUCUACGAUCGAGAAACAGCUCAGCAUGUGCUAGAUACACUCCAAGGCGAGAAUGUACGAGGAAGACCAAUCAAAAUCAAUCUCAACACCAAACGAAGGACAGCCUCGCCACAAAACAACAACCUCUCUUCCAGUGACAGAAAAGAUAACCAAAACUGGAGAUCUCAAAACAACUGGAGAACCCAACCCAACCCAUCCCCAACACCAAAUCAAGCCGAACAACCUCCCUACGUCUUCGACCGCUGGCACCGCGACGACGCUCACACCCACUGGACCACCCCCGCCGAAGAAGGCCGCAGACUCUUCGUCGGCCGCCUCCCUCGAAUUCCCCAAUACUACACCCUCGAACUCGAAAUGAAAACGCUAUUCAAAGAUUUCAACUUACAAGCCGUCAGCAAACUCAUUUCUCCACCUCCGAAUCGACAAGGACCCGGCUUUCCAACAGGCCAUUAUUGUUUCGUCGAUUUGGCAAAUGCUCGUGAAGCGAAAAAAGCCGCGGCGAUGCUUAAUGGUGCGAAGAAUCCUUAUGGUGAGACGUGUAUUGUACAACUGGCGCGGCAGAAACAGGGGAGUCAUAAGGUUAUAAGAGAACAGUUAUCUGGUAGUUUAUGAUUUGUUUAUCUGGUAUUGAUAUGAGACUUUGCCAUUCGAAAGCUAGAUUUCUGAUUAAUUUAGGGAUCUUUUGGC